UUCAAUACGUUAAAAAUUUAAAAACAAAAAAUAAAAAAACAAACAGAGACACAGCGGUCACCGCCCCUCUAUUCCAGGCCGGCGGUUACCGCCCCUCUAUUCAAGGCCUCCGGCGACCUCCGACGGAGGGGUGGUGGCCGCCAGCGACGCCCUAAACCCCCCGAAGGAACAUUGGAAAGUGCAACUCGUCCCGGGGGACCGUCACGAGGAAGACCCACUUGAGCUUCGAGGAUGCCCGCGAGAAAGAAGUUGAAAUUUAAGAUAAAUUACUGGUACGGACAAAUUUUGAUCUUGGCAGCUGGGUCUUCCUUCUUCUCGAUAAUGAGAAGAAACUCAAUAGGUAAUCAAUGGAGGCAAUCCGGAAAGGAGGCCAGGAAGCUCAGAGAUCAGGUCGCCAAGCAACAGCAGUUCUUAUUUGCCCUUAAACCAGGAACUUCUGAGGCCUUCCUGCAUGCAGUAGCUGACAAGAACCAACUCAUUUGCUCAAAUGCUUCGUUGUUUGCAUUCUCGUGGGUAAAUGUUUUGCUAAAUGUCCUCCUAAUACACUCAGCUGGUGCAGUUGGCUUGAUAAUAGCCGAUUUCUUGAGCAUGUUCUUGAGGAUCGCGUGCUCUGGAGCAUUUAUCAGGCAAUAUUUCCAGGAACAGGAUCCUUUUCAUUUCGUAGGUGGUCCCCUUCGAGGCUUAUAUCCGAGAGAUUGUUCUUGGACAAGGAGAACUUCUUUCCGACUUUUCUAUUCAUCUCUCUGUUGGGUUGAUGUUCUUGUGCAUAUCAGCCUUUGUUAUGCAAAGUGUUUAUAGAAUUAUCUUUUGUGGUCUAGCAAGUUGGCAACAGUCAUGUACUAACAAAUCCCUUUUAUCCCCUGCUACAGCAGAUAUCGUCGUGAGAGGGCUUUCAUCAACAGAAUCAUCCGUUUCCGGGAUCAUGUGGACUGAUGAUUCAGAAUGUGAAGAUCGACCUCUUAAAAUGUGAGGAGAUUCUUUUGGUGCCUCCACGAAUAUCAUUGGAAGAUAAGCUGUUUGGGAUGCACUAGGACUAAGGUGUGAAGAUAGCAAUUCACUCCGUCUAUUUCAUCGGGAUAAGAGUGCUAUGCAGAAACUGAUUCACUAUGAAAAGUUCUCCAAAGUUGAGGUAAUGAGGUCAUUAGAUGAAAUUUUGCUACUGACUGGGUGAUUAGCAGCUUUAGUACAAAAGCAAUUCUUCCCUACAUAUUAUACAAGUAAACCACUUCAGAAACAACAGUGAAAAUCCAAGCCAA